UGUUACAUUGAGUCUGAGAAAACCUUACGCUUGGUUGAAGUGAUCACUGAUCAGAAUGGCGAAUGCAUCAACUAACCAACACUUCUUCCAGCCUCUUCUUAACGGAUUCCAGAGCCACCUCGUCCGCAAACUCUCUAUCUUUGUCUUUCUCUCAAUCUGCAUGCAUGAACAUAUAUAGAGUAUUAGUCUCAUGGUUCUGUUUCUCUCUGUUGCAGAAAAUUCCUGUGAAGUUCUUUUCCGAGCACAUCGAGGCAAAACACGAGGGCAAGACUGUGAAGUUGCAAUCAGAUGCGUCGAAGAGAACAUGGGAAGUGAAGAUGGAUGACAAUAUACUCACCGAAGGUUGGAAAGAGUUCGUGGAGGCACAUGAUCUUCGGAUCGGUGAUUUAGUUGUCUUUAGACACGAAGGAGACAUGUUUUUCCAUGUCAUUGCUUUAGGACCUCACUGUUGUGAGAUCCAAUACUCACAGUCUACCAGCCAUGAAGAAGGCGAAGAGAGUGAUGAUAUUGAAAUAUCUCCAAGACCCGAGAAGGAAGUUGAGGAGAAUGUGCAAAAGGAAUCUGAUCAAUCUUCAUCAGAUCUCAAUUGUUUUAGCCAAACCGUGACGCGUUCAAACAUAUCACUAAAUCAAGUGACUCUGCCCAAAGAUUUCGCAAAACGAAACGGUUUAGACAAAGGAAUGCAUGAGAUAGUUUUGAGGAAUGAAGAAGGGAAGUCAUGGGAAUCAAAAGUCAAGAGUAAUAUGUCUGGUCAGGUUUUCAUUUGUGGAGGUUGGACAAGUCUCUGCAGCGAAAAUAAAUUAAAAGUCGGAGACUCUUGCACAUUUAAACUCCUGCAAAAUGCGAGCACGCCUGUGUUCCAGCUCUGCAGCCGGUCAAAGGUGGAUAGGAAGAAGAAGAUUCGGUCCGCAGAUAAUAACCAAACCGGAGAAAACCUGUUUGUGACGUUAACUCCUACACAAUACAGCCUUGAGAAUGGUAAACAGUAUCUAGGGAAAUGUUUUAGUAGAGCCAAUAUGCUCAACAAGUCGGGGAAGAUAAUUCUGAUGGACAAAGACAAAGUUGAGUGGUUGAUGAAGCUUAAAGUUGAUAGUAGAGGAGCGAUGACUAUUUAUGGUCGUCAUGAUUGGAAAAGUUUUUGUGCCGCAAAUGAAGUAGGCGCAGGGGAGUCAAUGACUUUGGAGUUGCUCAGAGGAGGGACAAGUCCUUUUCUCAAGUUCUGUUCUAAGAUGGCGAAACCAACAUUCGAAGCAGAGGAUGGGAUCCGCAAGAAAGCUCGAAUCCAAAAUGGGGAACAGGAAACAGACAAGGGAGAACCAUCUCGAGAAUCUAACAAAUCCAGUGGUAAUCAAGGAAACGUACAGCAAACGCAACCUUGCUCUGUCAAAGAUCAGGUGGCUAAGGUGAAAGAGACCGUUGUAGAUACCUUAACUAGUAUCAGACGUUUUCUGACAGAGCUCGAGACAAAGGAACAGGAACUACAAGAUUCAUUGCAGGAUAUCAACAAAUUGGAGAGAGGAGAAGACAAUGGGAACUACUAGACAAUUAGACAAGAUCUUCAACUAACAAUGAAGCUUAAUCAAAAAUGUAAAAGUGAAGAGUUUUUGAUAUCUCUGUUUUAUUCUAUGUAAUUGUUCAAGCUGUAGUUAGACUUUUCUGUUUUAUUCUAUGUAAUUGCUUCGGUUUCUUUAAUUAAGACUUUUCUA